AUGUGCCCAAGAGAAGCACAAUUCUAUUAUAUUUUCACGUUACAUUUUAUUGCUGGAAUUUCAAUUCCAAUAAAUGCUUUGGGUCUUUAUUUAGUCUUCAAACAUUCUCAAAAACAAUCAAAAUAUCAUUAUUGUCAAUUGUAUUUGCAGGUAAGAAGUUUAGUUUCUGAAAAUUUUUGAGCAAAUAUUUUCCAACAGAUAACAUCCUUCACAACUGAAUUAUAUAUGUCUUGGAUAGCUCCGGGAUACUAUUAUUUCCCAAUUCCUGCUGGCUAUAAUACUUCAGAAAUAACUAGCAGUUUCAUAUCAACUCAUACAAGUGUUGUAUUUUAUGUGUUGAUUUUGAGCUUCGAACUUCCCUCGAUUGUUUUGUGUUUCCAAUACAGAAAUCAUUUGGCAGCAGAAUUAUCUGUGGUAGAGAAUUUUCGUGUUUUGAUUUGCAUCAAGAUUUUUACAGGUUGAUAGACUUCCAUUAGUUUUCACAUACAUAAUGACUUUUCUUGGGCAUAUUUUUCCUUUUGUGAAUUCAUUUGUGAUGUCAAUCAGUGCUACGACACAUAAAGAAGUUGACGAUUAUUUACAAAAGGUUAUUUUUCAAAAAAAAAAAUUCAGAAAAGAAACAUGUUCCCAAGCUACUGUAACUCAAGGUCAUUUUCCAUUCAUGACUUUUUCAUGACUCAAGACUUUCCUAUUGUUUAGAAAACAAAUAAACUGACUACGGUAGCUCUGUUUUUCUUGCUUAUUUUGUCAAGAACGAAACACAAAAAAAAUGAUGCAAUAUUUGUUGAAGCAAAGAAUAUUUCCAAAUUUCAAAAUAGGAUUGAAACUACCCCCUUCAUUUUGCAGAACUAUCCAGAAUGUAUACAUCUAUUGGAAAUUCCCGGAUUUGUUUUAUAUGAUUAUGAUAGCAAUCGCUGGCUAGUUUUUCUUGGAGCAUAUGCAGUUAUUAACAGUGUGAUUUUUGGUGGUUACUUGAUACUUUUAGCAACUCACACGAUCCGAAUUUUGAAUAAAAUGAAAGUCCAUAUGUCACCAGCAACUUAUAAAAAUCAUAUUGCUUCAUUAUUCGCGAUCACUUUACAAUGUGUAAUACCAGUUACAUUUCUUAUAGUUCCAGUGAUUAUAAUCCUUGUGAUAUUCCUCAAAAAUUGGCUGGAAAUGCAGGGUAAUUUUAUAGCGUUUUUUGAACCUAAGUUUCCCUAAACAAUUCCUCACAUUCAGAAUUGGCAACUGACACAAUGUUUUUGAUAACAGCGCAUUCUUUAGCUGCUACAAUUGUUAUGAUUGUUUGUAAUGGUAGAUAUAGAAAAGAUAUUGUUGGAAAAGUUUCAUGGCAAGUUUGA